UAGAAAAUAUAUUUGUAUAGGCCUAUAAUGCAGACUAUAGCAGAAGUGUGCCAGAAUCUCUCUCAUCACACACACACUUACAGACACAAGCAGGAGCUGAAUAUCAGGAGCGCGCACACACAGGAAGUGGAAUUUCCACCUUACACGCUGUGUUGUAUAGCAUAGAGACACACCCAAUAGAAGAGAGGGCGUUCAGUAGGCAAAGUUUGACGUGAUGAAGCAUUGGGCUGCUGUUCUAAGCGUGUUCUGCUACAGCGAGAACCGCGAAUCGGCUGACAACUCAUGGUGUGUUUGUCUGAAGGAAAGCAACAAGUCUCAACUAUGUCAACAAAAGGUAUAAUGUCACUACGGGGUGUUCUUCUUCUGUACUCACUGCUACUGACAGAGGGGAAGGAAAAUGACUGUGAGUGUCCCGUGGCCACUGUUUUGGUCGAGUUUCCUGCCAGGGUGCCAACCGGAGCCUGCUGCCUCAACUAUUCCGGCUCCGCCUUUGGCCACGUGCAAUGGGAAGCCUUCUCCUCUCACCCUGCCCUUAGGAUCCUCGAUCUGUCUCGCUGCAACAUCAGCCAGAUGCUGCACACCGAGAGGGGGGAAGCGCCAACCAUGCUGAGGGACCUCUACCUGGGACAUAACAGUCUCUCUGUCUUACCAGAGGGCUUCCUAACCAAUGCCUCCAGUCUGAGGGUGCUGGACUUGAGGAUGAACCGAUUGGAAGUGCUGCCUGAGGGGUUCCUCCAGGAUUCAAAUGAGCUCCAGGAGCUGGACCUGAGGGGGAACCUCCUCAUGACCGUUCCCAGGAGCGUCCUCAUCAGACGCGGUUGGCGACGGCUGGAACUGUCCCACAACCCCUGGGCAUGCACAUGCUCCCUGGUGGCGGGCCUUCAAGGCGACGGCCUUCACAAUAGCACCAUCACCAGCAGGAGCCUGGAGGAUGUGGUGGGGAAUCUGACCUGCGUCUCUCCCUGGAGCCUGGCAGGUCAGAGCGUGUGGUCAGUGCAGCGGACAGACAUCUGCCAAUCGGCCGGUCUCACUGCCCUCUUCGUCCUGCUGCCCCUGUUUAUGAUGAUAUUGCUGGCGUUCUGCUGGUGCUGUGGCAGGAGGAGGAAGAGGAAGGAGACUCUUGCCUUUGGGCUGGCAGGAAAAAAGGCCUCCAGCAGAGGCAGCCAGCUGACAGACUGCAACGGGCGGUGGCACGACCACUCCAAGCAGAAUCCAAUGCUCGCCUUACCCAGGGAGGGCAGCAAGGACGGGAUCAUGAAGAACCAGCUGAUGCUGAGGCCUUCGUCUGCCCUGCUGGGCAGCACCCGGGACAUCUAUGAGGAGGUGGAGAUCCGGCUGGGCUCAGUGGAGUCCCUGACCCGGCCACCUUCCUCCAUCUCCACUGAGAAGCAGGAGGCCCAGGAGCUGGGAAGCAAGCCAGACCUGGAGACAGUCAGUGUUACGGAGGUCAUGAAAGACUCGACUGACCGCGAGAAGGCCUAUCUGACUCAGUCCACUGAGUACUAUAGCUUGGUGCCAGCGAUCGAGAUAGAGGACUCUGACCAUGGAGAGUAUGAGAGUGUGGAUCUAUCGUGACCUGAACCUAUGCCAAGGGAUUGUUUUAAUUUUGUAUGUGUGUCGUAUAUAUUUUGAAAAAAAAAGUGGUUUGAUCAAAGUACUGUAGAGAGCAACUGAUCUCUGGGAAAUGUGGUCCAGGAACUAGAACCGUAUAAUCCUGUCAGUUCCUCCGAGUACAUUUUAGAGUGGUAGUAAGGAGUCUCCGCUGUCAGGGAUUCGUUCCCCGACUGCAAAGCUAUUGUUUGUCCACAUUCAGAGUGUGAGAACCAUUCAACUGAGACUGCAGGUAAACUCAUAAUUAAACCUUAACAACCACUGAGUGACAAUGAGUGUGUUUUGGUCGCUGUGUAGUAUGGUGAAAUGGAACACCUUUCCUUUUUUGUCCUUCAGAAAUGCUGUCCAGGAUGUGGAGGUUCAAAAUAUGUAUAAUAUUCAAUGAUUUUUUCAAAUGUUGUUUUAAAUGUGAGUUUCAUUGGCUCGUGUGUACUUUCAAUUAACCGUCUUUGAGGUAUUGCUGCUAAAUGGGUUUUAUUAAGUAGAGUUGAUAUCUAUAUGACCAAACCAUUCCACUGUGACUGAUUAAAAGAGUUGAGAUUUCUGUUAUGUAAACCUUGUAGAAAAGGAAACCCUGUAACCAACCAACCCAAACAAACUUAAAUCUUUCCUAUCCAGUGAGUCCUGUUGGUAAUGACAAGCACCGUAGGAUAAUGUCAUCUAUUGUUUUAGAACCCCAGCUCACUGCCUGUCAGCGGACCAUUCUUUUCCUGUGGGAACAGGGUUCCAGGUCCUUCUGUGUAAGUGCAGUUACAUCUGUUCUUAUAUUCAAAGCCAAAAAGAUAAAUGCUGAAAACAAUGACUUGUCAGCUGAUACCAUCUCAGAGGCACAGAGCACGCACACCUCAUCCACACAGGUUCACAAGGCAAGUAUUUGUGCGGGGUUAAACUUCUACUCGGAACAUGAACACACACACUCAGGGGGCUUUGAUCAUGAGAUUUGCCACUGCUUUUCAGUGACGUAUAGAGUUGUAGAGAAGGAUUCAACUGUUUGUUUCUUUUAGGUUGAACCAGUUAGGUUCAUGCAGUUAGGUGUACCAGCAUAUACAAAAGAGCAGACCUAGUUAAAACAGACUGAUGCGUACAGAUAGGAUCUCGUAUGUCAUCAGGUUGGCUUUGCAAAGAAGCUUGAGUAAGCUCAUUUGAAUGCUGACGAAAAGAGGGAGAAAAAUGGACAGUGAAACUUUGUGUGGUUGUUGUGAAUUAUAGCUAAAUUUGUAAGGCUCGUGGUCCACAUUUGAAUAUCUCUCUGACAUCAAUGUACUGUUUGAGGAGGAUGUAGGUAGAGAAGGAAGAACCGCUUGAUUUGAGGGACGUGUGAACCUUAAUACACAUAAUUCCACAGCAAUGAUACUGCCAUUUCUCUUAUAUGAUAUUAAUCAAUGAGGUGAGCAUAUUUACUAAUGCUGACUUAUAAUAGCAAUGACAGCUUGAAUGUAAGGUAUGAUAUGCAGCUCCUGGCUUUAUGGAUCAUAUCUUUUUCAGUCCUGUCCACUACCACUACUUAGCAAUAACAAUACAUUUACUAUGUUAAGAUGAGCACAAUGACGUCAUACAUUUACUAUGUUAAGAUGAGCACAAUGAUGUCAUUUUUUUAACACAUUUUGGUAACACUUUAAGUAAACCCAGUAUCCAUAAAGAAUUAUAAACACUUCAUCAUUCACAAUGUAUCAUAAUGCAUCAUAAUACUUGUCAUAAGACUAUAUAACUAUUCCAUACAAGCCUUCAUAAUAAUAGUGGUGUAGGGCUUAUACUACAACAUCAUAAUGCUUCAUCAGUGCAGUCAUGUCUAUUUGUAGAUAGUUAUAUACACUUAUGUCAGUCGCUAUGCUGCAUUAUGAAUACUUUAUAAACAUUUACAUAAAGUGUUACCCAAAUUUCUAUGUCCAUUUUAAUAUGUGUUGUGUCUUGAGCUAUAUUCUCUUUUGUGGUUUUUCUACCUGUUCUUUAUUAAAUUAAUGGAUUUAAUUCUUCAUAGACAAAACUGUGUUGGUUUUUAGCGCUGACUUUUUAAUGUACUCAAUUUUUCCAGCAAUUUUUAGGUCAAUUAGAUCUACAAACAAGAAGCAUUCACACAGGAACAACAUUAAAAAACAAGGCCAAAGUGCGCAAUAUGUAAACAGUACAAAGGGAACGGGUUCAGAGUCUGUUGGCACUGACUGAUUGUGGACGUUUUUGGUUUAAAAUCAAUAUUUGUGGCUUUAAAAUAAAUGAGUAUUUUACAAAUGAA